AAUGGCUUACACUAUUUGUAAUGCUAAUUAAACUAGAGUAGUAUCAGGGCUUGGUCAGUGGAUAUACAGUAAAGCCAGGUUGUGUAAAAGUGCCACUUGAUAUGGUGAGAGAGAAAGGAAAGUGAGAUAACAGUAAUUAGAAUCCUAGAAGAGGUGGCCCUGACUCGUAUGGAAGAUGUCCAAGACUUUGUUAACCUUAGAUGUUUGCUAAUACGUGACACCUGUCCUGUCCUUGUUCUAGGUUUGUGUGUUUUCUUUGUCUCUAAACAUGUUUGUUUGAAUGACCCAAAACAUUUAAAAAGGCACUUUUCAAUUUGAGAUCCAGCUUGUAAGAAAACACUUGAAUUUAUUAAUUUAUGUUGCUCCAGAGAACAAACUUGGUGUUCUGGAUGCAUGUAAAAUCUAUGAGAAACGUAUACCUUUGUAAAUUACCAUUCUUCUCUUUUGCAGUGAAAGAACCCGGAGAUGUCUCAGAAGAAGAUAUUCCUAGUAUUGAUUGCAAUCAGUACUGUCAGCUUACUUCUGCACCAUGGGGGUCACUUGAACUUGACAUUCGAGGCAUUCUGGUUUGGCUGUCCAUUCUCUUUGGCCUCCUCCACCCAGGGCAGCAGUGGACCUUCUGCUAAACACACCAGUGUAGCCUUCCUGAAGACGCACAAAACCGCCAGCUCCACUGUGCAGAACAUCCUCUUCCGCUUUGCUGAACGCAACAACCUCACUGUGGCGUUGCCUAUUACCACCUGUGACCACCAGUUCUGCUACCCACGACCGUUCACUGCCCACUUCGUUCAUCCACACACCACACCACCUGACAUUAUCACCAGUCACUUACGGUUCAGCCGGACUGAGCUACGACGCCUCAUGCCCAACAGCACAAUCUACAUCACAAUAUUGCGGGAACCGGGAGCAAUGUUUGAGUCUCUGUUUACCUACUUCAAUCAGUACUGUCUUAGCUUUAAACGUGUUCCAAAUGGCUCUUUAGAGACUUUCCUGGACAACCCGUGGAGCUACUAUCGUCCAGAAGAGAAGGAUUCAAUGUAUGCGAGAAAUACACUGACCUUUGACCUAGGUGGUGAUAAAGACCGGCCAUCUUCAGAGGCGCCAGCGUAUGCGAAACGAUUUGCCACAGAGAUGGAGCGAGUGUUCUCCUUGGUUAUGAUUGCCGAAUACUUUGACGAAUCUUUGGUGUUGCUACGCCGCCUGUUGUCUUGGGAUCUCGACGACGUUCUGUACGUUAGUCUCAACAUGCGCACGCCUGACUCCAAGAGUAGCCUUUCCAGCGAAAAUACAGCCAAAAUCAGAGCCUGGAAUGCUAUAGAUUCCAUACUGUAUGAUUACUUCAAUGCCUCAUUGUGGCGACAGCUGAGAGAGUUGGGACUAUCGUGCGUUAAGCGUGAAGUCCAGCUGUUGCGUCAGUUUCGUGACCGACUUGUCCACAGGUGCUUCGGCGGCCAUUUGCCACCACUUCGCUCUGCUGCACAGAUCAUGAAUAAGGAAUUACGGCCUUGGCAGCCCAGUGCCAAAGUGGCAAUUGUUGGAUAUGAUUUACCAGUUAACAUGACACAAAAAGGCAGUGUUCCUCCACCAGAUGAGUGUCUAAAGAUGAUAAUGCCGGAAGUGCAAUACACACGGCUGUUGCUGCGCUCAGAAUCCCUACGUUAUCGAAAGAGGUUUCCAUUACGGAGCACUCAGCAGACUUCACGAACUGUGGGACAAGCACGGGCACACAAAGAAUCUCGGAGUUUGAAUCCGCGACCCUCAAAGACGAUGUCUCAGAGCACCAAAGGAGCACUACGGCUUUCCCAAUGACCAGUGUAAAAGGAUGGUUAAACUUCUUUCCUUUUAUUCCCCAUUCCUUGCAGCUUAAUGUCCAUGAGAUGUUGGAAUUACUUGAAAGCUUGAGGUCAUACCUCAUUUUUAUUGGAUGUGAGCACAACCAAACAUGCGCUCACAACAUAACUGUUCUAAAAGUUAGAAAAAUCUUUGAGUGUUUCUUAAUUUGUAAAGUAUAAAGGUAGAGGAAAAUAUACCUUGAAGUCUAAAAGCCUGACAUCUGGAAUGUGUCUCAAUCUCUCAAGGACUUUCUCUCCACAUACAUUCCAUCACUCACUGUUUGUAUUUAAGCCAUCAUUACCCUUCUGGAAAAUCCUAAAUCAGCUUAAGUUUGUACCUAGUUUAAAUUGUUUAUAGCUACGUAGCUGAAGCUAAUCUCAUGCCAUUGCUGGUCUAAGCUUGUAUUGACGGUUGAUCAGCUGUAUUACCUGCUGGUGAUGUUUAAAUGACAAGCUUAGUUAGAACUACCUUGUUAGACUACCAGCUAAAAACCAACUUGGUGUGACCUUGAUAUUGUUUUUUUUUUCUAGUAAUCGCAUUUGAGCAUUAUGAGGCUUCCUUUUUACCAACAGCACUCUGUUUGAGUGUGAACUUUUUCACAUGCUUAUCAACAUACUGUCAGCUGCACCUGAGCCACAAAUCACCAUAACUGACUCUUCAGUUGUGGUCCAAAAAACCAGCAUCAUGUGUCGAUGAUGAUGCAGCCAUCUCGAAGGAUAUUUCAAUAUUUAAUCAUUUAAAUUUUAGCCUCUACUUGGGCAGCGCUAGGGUUACACAGCCCUACAUUUUUAUGAGGCCACUAUGGACCAGGCCAGAGAGGUUUAUCCUUGACUAGAAGCCGAGAAUGGUGACAAAACAGUUCAUGAACUUUGAAGAAUCAUCACUAUAUGUCAAAAACCAGAGUGAGCAGUGUGUUAGUUUCAUCUUUAUUUGUUUUUAUUGUGUUUUUCGGGAUAAUGCAGUGCACUUGCAAAUAUGUA